GGGAAUGCAAAGUAGCUGUUAAAAGCAUCAAAAAUUUACCUUAUAAUGUAUUUGAUGAAUUUAAAGCUUCUGAGAUAUUUAGAGAGACAAUUGCACUUACAGAAUCUGCGAUUUCGUGUAAAAACGAUGUAGUAAAUUUUGGUGUUCUUAAAUGUUAUGGAUUAAAACUACCUUUUUCUGAUAAAAUGCAUGAUAAUAUCAAUUUAUAUUUUGCCAUUUGUGAUGGAGAACGCCCACAAACUGAUAGAGACGUGUUUAUACCUAAAUGUUAUAAAGAGUUAAUGGAACAAUGUUGGGAUGUUGAUCCAUCAAAUAGGCCAGAUGUUAAUGAAUUAUAUGAAGUCUUGAGAGGAUGA